GUCAAUUGGUACUUCUAAGACUCGUCCCUCACUCCAACACUUUACACCGCACCUGAAUAACUUCAUAAGAUACUCCUCUUUCAGCCUAUUAUACACAGCUGGUACAACUGCACUAUACGCUUGUUUCAUCUCACCUGCAGUUACACACACAGAACUUCUUUCAUCGAUCAAUUUACCCCUCAUUUGAUCUAACAAUCCCCAACUCAAUCAUCCACGCAACAAUCUCAACAAUGGACCGACCCAAGAAGCCAUCUGCUCUCUCUGCCACUCCAGGCCUCGCACCUCAUGCUCAAAUAAAUACCACUCAUUCCAACUCCCGUGUCUCCGCCGUUCUCCCCACCGGAGAAUCGGUCGAAAUCCUUCUUUACGGCGCUACAAUCAUAAACUGGAAAGAUGCUGCCGGAACUGAAAAACUCUGGCUUAGCGAAAAAGCGGUGCUAGAUGGUACAAAAGCUGUGCGUGGUGGUAUUCCUCUCGUGUUCCCGGUGUUCGGAAAGGUAGAGGGCGAGGAAGGUAAAGCGAAGGGUGUUGAUACUUUACCUCAACAUGGUUUUGCGCGCAACUCUAGAUGGGAGUUUUUGGGAAAGAGUACUAGCGAGAGCAGUACCGUCAAGGGACAAGAGGGUGGUGAUAGCAGUGUGAAGUUGGACUUUGGUUUGAGUGCUAGCAACGUACCUGAGGAGACAAGGAAGUUGUGGGGUGGCGAGUUUGGUUUGAUUUAUAGUGUUACACUUAGUAGAGAAGGCCUUGGAACGAGUAUGGUGGUUAGAAAUGAGGGUACUACAGCUUGGGAGUUCCAGAUCUUGAUGCACACUUAUUUGAAGAUCCAGGAUAUCUCCCAAAUCUCCAUCACAGGUCUCGAGAAUGCUACAUAUGUCGACAAACUCACCGAACCAAUUUCCACAAACACCGCUCCCACCGAUCCCCUUACCAUCUCUGCCAAAACCGAUCGUGUCUACACUCCUGCCGGCGGUCCAUCCACCGAAAUAAUUGUUUCCGAGGGAGGAAAAAAGAAAUACACAGUCGCAAGAGAUAACAUGAACCAAGUUGUUGUUUGGAACCCUUGGAUCGACGCCAAGGAUAUCGGCGAUUUUGCUCCAAAGGACGGAUGGAGAACCAUGAUCUGUGUCGAAGCUGGAUCUGUUAGUGGAUGGCAAAAAUUGGAUGCUGGAGAGACUUGGGAAGGUGGACAAAUUAUCACACUUGCGAAUUAGCAAUUCAUGAGUGCGAUGGAUAAGCUAUCACGAAUGUGAUUGUGCUUGCAAGUUUGUGAGCAUGCUUUGGACUCAACUGGGAGUGAAUUUCUCGAUUUGAGCGAGUUGAAACUUGAGGGCGCUACUCUAUGCUUUGCGAUGGAAUAAAUGAAUUGUUUGAUGAAAAGAGAAAUCUCAAUCGCCUUGCUUGGUAGACAUCUCGUUAGAUAAAUGAAUCAAUUUAUUACUCAAGAUUUCUAGAGUUCUACUAUCGCUU